UUGUUUUUAAAUGCUUCAUUUUCUGCCUCACUGAAGUUUCUUUUAUGGAUUUCAUCAAGUGAUUGUCUUCGUUUUAUUUCUUAUGUGUCUUGAGAUGGAUUUUUGUGUGAAAAUAAUUAUCUCAAUAUAAAAUAAAUAUUUUAAAAUAUUUAUUUUAAUUCUUCCAAAUAUUUAAUAUUAACCUCCUUUGAUUCCUAUGACCUCUAAGCAGGACAUCGCCAGGGUUGCUGAGGUUCUGUCUUCUUUCUAUAGUAGGAAUGCCCUUUCGCAUAUGCCUGGGGUUUCCCUGGAUAUCAUAGGAAUUUACAUAUUCCUAUUAUCAAUAGAAGAAGAAGUUUAAGAAUAAAAAAGAGCAUUUCACUUCACGCAGAAAUUGAAGUCUAAACCAAAGGCAAUCUAUGCCCAGUCUUGAUUGGUUUUCCUGGACAAUCCCUCCCAACUUGGGUUUCACCAGUUUCAGAUAAUCUAAUCACUAAUCCAAUCACUUUUUCUUGAGUGGAUUUUGGGGUUUGUUUAUUGUCCUGGGCACUUGAUUCCUCUCCACAGUAAGCAGAGGCAUGGAUCCAGGACUUCAUUUCUGAUAGGAAAUGAUGCUUAGGUUUUCACUUUGAUGGUGAAAGGAGAACUGGAGAGCAGAAACCGGAGAGCAAAUAUAUUCAGGAAGGUUUCUGUUUCAAGAUAAAUGAGAUAUGAUGAGGGGAUCGACUGGAUAUACAGAGAGGUUCCCCCCAGACUGGGCAAUAAUCAUGAAGAGACACGUAACAAGGAGCUGCUUCUGAUUGUUAAUGUUAGAGUCUGUAUUACAGGUUGGCCUGCCUAGUGCUUGAUCGGCUGUGAGUGAGAUCCCGAGAAAGGCUCCCAGUGACUGGGCUUAAGGAUGGAGCCCCUGGAACCGGUGAUGUUUGAAGAUGUAGCCGUCAACUUCACCCAGGAAGAGUGGAGCCUGCUAGACAAGUCCCAGAAAAACCUGUUUAGAAAUGUGAUGCUGGAAACUGUCUCCCACCUGGUCUCUGUAGGCUAUCAGAUCAGCGAAUCAGAGGUGAUUUCCCAGCUGGAACAAGGAAAAGAGCUGUGGACUGAAGCAGCAGGAGGCCUCCAAGGUCAGAGUCCAGGCAGCGAAAGACCCCUUAGACAACAAGAAAUGAUGUUCAUGCAAAGUGUCUACAGGAAGCACACAUCCCCUACCAUGGCAAUGGUUUCUCACCCGCAAGGGGAUUCUGCUGGAUGCACGGAUUUGAGAGAUGAAGUUCCUUCUAGAUAUUCCCCUCAACAUUCAUCAAUUCACUUAAGAAGGAAACGUAAUGUCAGCAAACAGUGUGGAAAAUCACUUAGUCAAGGGUCAUCCCUUAACGCACAGGGUCACAUUCACAGUAGAGGCAAGUUGUGUGAAUGUCCUCUGUGUAGGAAAGUAUUUAGCGAUUGCUUUAGCCUCAAACAACACAAGACGAUUCACACUGGAGAGAAACCAUACAAAUGCGGUCUCUGUGGAAGUGGCUUUUUUCAAAGUUCUGACCUUAGAAACCACAAUCGGGUCCACACUGGAGAGAAACCAUUUAAAUGUCAUGUGUGUGGCAAACUGUUUAGUCAAAGGUCCUACCUGAAACAACACGAGAAAACUCACACAGGAGAGAAGCCCUACAAAUGUCGUCUGUGUGAGAAAAAUUUUAAUCAAAUCUCUUACCUUAGAAAACACGAGAAAAUCCACCCCAAAGAAAAGCAGUAUGAAUGUCACCAGUGUGGGAAAACAUUUAGCCAAAACUCUGGCCUUAGUCAGCACAAGAGAAUCCACACUGGAGAGAAACCUCACGUGUGUCUUGUGUGUGGGAAGGCCUUCAGUCAGAGUUCUGAAUUGACUCGGCACAAAAGGACCCACACAGGAGAGAAACCCUAUAAAUGUCAGCGGUGUGGGAAUGCCUUCAGUCAAUAUGCAAACCUGAGAAGGCAUGAGAGAACACACACGGGUGAGCAACCCUAUGAGUGUCAGCUCUGUGGGAAAUGCUUUAGUCACUGCUCUUCCCUUAGACGACACGAGGGAACCCAGCACCAGAGAGCAAAGCAGGAAGGCCCUCAGUAGACUUUCUCACCUGAGGUGACACGCUGUUCCUUCCACAUUCCACACAUGAGGAAUGUGAGAGGAACAGCAGCCAUAGCAUUAACAUUUAAACUCACCAAGUUCACACUCACUAAAGUAACUGUCUAUAAUCAAUAUGGAGGCUCCUUCAGGCAUCACACUCCCCGGUCCAGACAGGAAUCACCUGUGGACUUAGGUCCACAUGUGCGCUCUCUCUGUGGCAAAGCCUUUAGUCACUGGCCUGACCUCAGGUAACUUAGCAGAACUCCCUCUAAAUAUAAUAUGGGUGUUUUCAGCAACAGUUCCCAACUCUGAAGCCCCUGAGUACCUAGAGGUCAUGAGCAGAGGACAAGCAACCCCUAGUUCUUUCAUAAUUAAUUGUUCAACAUGAGCCAACUCCAUGAAGGAAAACAGUAGGAUUGUAAUCACUGUUAACAUUCAGCGGAGCCCCAGGCUUGAUGUGCUCAAGAAACUCAAUGAAAAAAAUAAACACUAAAACAAGAGCAAAGAUGAAGACUCUUGAGAAAUACUAAAGUAUGUUGAGCAAUACCAGGGCAUACUUCUAAAUAAUUUAUCCUAGCAAAGUGAUUUCAUGGAAGGUUCUGAGAAAUUCUUUCUCCAUAGAUCAACCACUCUGCUCCACACAUGCUCAGUCUGUAUGACACGCCCUCGGUGUUGUGAAGGAAGAAGGGAAGUCUUUGGGGACUUACUUCUCAGUCAACACAAGAUUAUCACACUAAGGAUGCAGCAAUCCUAAAGUCACAGUGGAGCUACAGAUAGAUUUCAUAUCAGCAAAAAUGACCCUGUGUAGGAAGGGGAGCCUGCAAAAGAAACCUGUAACACACAAUCAGGCCUCCCAGGUGGCCGAGUGGUGAAGAAUCCACCUGCAGUGCAAGAGAUGGAUUCAAUCCCUGGUCUGGAAGGUUCCCCUGGAGAAAGAAAUGGCAACCCACUCCAGUAUUCUUGCCUAGAGAACCCCAUGGACAAAAAAACCUGGGGGUCUAUGAUCCAUGAGUUCACAACUUAGCGACUAGACCACAACAACCAUAACAACAAACACACAAUCAGGCAGAUUAUGAUUCAGGGAAAUACCUUUCCAUGAAAAUGUGGCAUAAAAUGGAGAAUGAAGAGACCUAGCAACGUGGAAUGUAGAGUUGUGUAAGAAAUUAAAAUGUGUGUAUAGAAUAAUAGUUGUUAAUAUUCAAGCAAUAAAGUCCAUGGCUACAGGA